CUAGUAAUACAUCUUGAGUUCCUAUAAAUACUACACAUAUCUCCACUCAUAAAUCACACAGCCACUCAAGCAUAUUCUAAAUUACUAUUUUGUUAUCUCUCAUACUAGCUAGCAUUAUAAUUCAUCAUCAUGGGUGUUUUCAAUUUUGAGGACGAAACCACUUCUAUUGUAGCACCUGCUAUACUCUACAAAGCUCUAGUUACAGAUGCUGACACUCUUACUCCAAAGGUUAUUGAUGCCAUCAAAAGUAUUGAAAUUGUUGAAGGAAACGGUGGCGCCGGAACCAUCAAGAAACUCACUUUCGUUGAAGAUGGUGAGACCAAGCAUGUGUUGCACAAAGUGGACUUGGUAGAUGAAGCUAACUUGGCUUACAACUACAGCAUAGUUGGUGGUGUUGGAUUUCCAGACACAGUUGAGAAGGUCUCAUUUGAGGCUAAACUGUCUGCAGGACCAAAUGGAGGAUCCGUUGCAAAGCUGAGUGUGACAUACUUCACAAAAGGUGAUGAUGCGCCUAGUGAAGAGCAACUCAAGAGUGAUAAGGCUAAGGGUGAUGGUCUUUUCAAGGCUCUUGAAGGUUACUGUUUGGCUCAUCCUGAUUACAACUAAAACAUAUAAUUAUCAAAUGCUUGCUUUAUAUAUGGUGUGUUGUUAUACUAUACAUCCGGUGUGCUUAAGAUUGCUACUAAUGUAAUUCUGUGUUUUAUUUUAUCCCUUUGCUUUUGUUGUGAAAGUAAAAGUGUGAGAUUGUAAGUCAUGUGAUCUAUUCACAAUAUUUGUAUUGAACCGGUAUCUAUUUAUAAUAUUAAGACAUUUUUUAUUA